AUGUCCACUGAAGAUAUUAUUUAUGAAGUGAAGGGCAAAGCUGUAGUGAUAACCCUCAAUAUCCCUAAAAAAUUGAAUGCUUUGAAUGGGGACCAAUACUUGCAAUUGGGCAAAUAUAUUGAAGAGGCCGACAAGGAAGAGGAUACGAUAAUGACUAUUAUCCAAUCCACGGGGAAGUUUUUUAGCGCGGGAGCCAACUUUGCCGAUAAGAAAUUGAUGGAAACAGACCCAGCGGAAUUAUUUACACAUGAAUACUGGUUACUGAGAUUUGUCGCUAGGAAUGUAUGGUUGACAAACUUGUUUAAUGACCACAAGAAGAUUUUGGUUGCUGCUGUCAACGGCCCUGUUAUUGGUUUGACUUCGGCUUUGUUGUUGUUGUGUGACUUGAUAUACGUUAACGAUUUAAGUAAAUUUUACCUUUUGGCACCAUUUGCUAAUUUAGGUUUGGUUGCCGAAGGUGCAUCAUCUGCAACCUUGUACUCAAGGUUGGGAUGGUCAAAAGCAGCAGAAGCUUUAUUCUUGGCAAAGCCAAUAAGUGGGCACGACUGUUACAAUGCAGGGUUCAUUAAUAAACACUAUGAUGGGAAAUUUGAGAGUGUUGAGGAGUUUAACACCACCGUUCAGAAUGAGUUGCUUGAUGCUGUUGAGAAUUUGCACGAGGAUUCAAUAUUGCAAAACAAACAAUUGCUCAAGCUUUCAAGAGAUCAACACAUUAACAACGCCAAUUCUCAAGAAGUCAUGAGAGGCUUAGGUAAAUGGUUAGAAGGUGUCCCACAAGGAAGAUUUGCUCAGUUGGCUGUAAAAGAGGUGAAACAUAAAUUGUGA